GAGAAAAAAAAAAAAAACCUCCACAGCCGGAGAGACGGAGGAGAGAGGCGCAGCCGGAGCCGAGUCGCCUUCUAUCCGCCGCCAUCCUGCGCACCGACCGCCCGCCCCGAUCCCGGCAGUACACCGGCAGCUCCAGCACACCGCGCCCCACCAGACCAGGCAGAUCGGGAGAGGCGCAGAGAAAAAUUUCCCUACUAGAUGACAUUUCAUCGCAAUGUCCGAUCGUUUGGGGCAGAUAUCCAAGGGAAAGGAUGGGAAAAGCAAGUACUCGUCUCUCAACCUGUUUGACAAGUAUAAAGGGAAAUCAAUAGAAGCCGUCAGAACCACAGUUAUACCUAGACAUGGCUUACAGAGUCUUGGGAAAGUUGCCGCUGCUCGGCGUAUGCCACCUCCUGCAAACUUGCCAAGCUUGAAAUCUGAGAACAAAGGAAACGACCCCAAUAUUAUUAUAGUGCCCAAAGACGGAACAGGAUGGGCAAACAAACAAGAGCAUCCAGACCAAAAGAGUUCCAGUGUGACAGCUCCUCAGCCGCAGGAGUCGCUGCCGCAGCAGGGUUUGCCGAAGUCUGUCUCCAAUUUACAGAAGCCAACCACAGUGAACAGUCCGGAGAAUAUAAAUUUAGUGCCAGGUGGGCCAAAGUCAUGGGCUCAGCUGAACGGAAAGCCAGCAGGACACGAAGGUGGUUCAAGGGGCUCAAGCCGACUGUUGUCCUUCUCUCCCGAGGAAUUUCCAACGCUGAAAGCAGCUGGCGAGCAAGACAAGGCUGGCAAAGAAAAGAACGUCUUAGAUCCGUCGUAUGGGCCCGGACCAAGCCUCCGCCCCCAGAGUAAGCCCCUCGCCCUGCUUCCCGAUGUCACCAGCUGGAGGGAGGGCGGUGGGAGAAGCAUUACCGGUGGCAUCUCUCCAACCGUCUCUCCUACUGAGCCGGGCAGCAAAUCCACUGCUCCUGCAGAUAGCGCCCCCUCCACAGCGCAAACUAGUAGUGACCAGAAGGAGCUUUCACUGCGCCCGGCUCAGCCCACCAGAAAAGGGGCUUCACAGUUCAUGGGAAACGCCUAUCACCCGCCUACCUACCAUGACAUGCUGCCAGCUUUUAUGUGCUCUCAGCACCCUGCAGAACCAGCUGGGACAUCGGAUCGAGCUUCUUUCCCCGUCCUUUCCUCCCAAUCUCGCCUUGAACCUCGCGUACCCUUUAGACAAUAUCAGAUGAACAAUCAAGAAGGAAAAGAGAUCAGGCCGAGCGGUGGCGGAUUACGGCCUGUGCGGUCACAGCGCCCUCAACCGGAGAGGGCCCCCCGAGCCACCAUUAUAAACGCUGAAGAUCUUAAAGAACUGGAUGACCUGGACAAUGACGCUGAAGACGGCUGGGCGGGCAUUCACGAUGAAGUGGAUUAUUCUGAGAAGCUGAAGUUCAGUGAAGAUGAGGAGGAUGAUGACGCCCCGAAGGACAACAGGAGUAAAUGGAAUGGCUGGGACUGCAGGAGGCAGCGGCAGGUUUCCUUUAACGCCACUGACAGCGCUGAAGGGAAGCACCCUGCGGAGGAGGGGAAGGUGUGGAACGAUCAAGUGGCACAUCCACGCCCAACCAGAAGGGGGCAGGAGCCUGUGCACACCCCUCCACGGAAAGCCAACAGCUGGGCUGCUGUAGCUGAACACCCGAAAGCCGCUCCAGCCACAGUCUUACGACAGCCAUCUGUUGAGGAGAAAGAAGAGAAGGCUCCUUCAAGGCAGAAGUUUGCGACCUCAGAAAUAUCGGAAGCAGUUGAGCGAGCUCGCAAGCGGCGUGAGGAGGAAGAGCGGCGGACUCGUGAAGAACGGUUAGCUGCCUGUGCUGCAAAACUCAAACAGCUGGAUCAGAAGACCAAACAGGCCCCUAAAUCCGGGAGCGAAACUCCUAAACGUAUGGAGAACAAAGAGAAUGAGGAUCCCAGAUCUCCAGUCUCAGAUCGAGGCAGCGCUCAGGAGAACACACAGAUGCUCCGACGAGAUUACUCCCAGGAAUCUCCCUCCGAGUAUAUAGACGAGGAGCCUCCAGCAGCUCCUAGAGGUGAGAGCAGCAGUGACGACGACUGCAGAGAAUCGGUGUCUCCAGUUCAGGACUUUGUCAAGCAGCAGAAACUCAUCCCACCGCGAUUCCAGAGGCAGCAGCAGGAGCAGUUGUAUAAGAUGCAGCAAUGGCAACAACAACAGCAGCAGCAGCAGCAACAACAACAACAACAGGCUUAUGUGGCAUCCACCCACUCCAACCACCCCCGGCCCUUCUAUUCCCAUCACCCCCAAAUGUUGGGGUUUGAUCCUCGCUGGAUGAUGAUGCCUUCCUAUAUGGAUCCCCGUAUGACUCAGGGUCGUGCUGUAGACUUCUAUCCUUCCUCCAUACAUCCGCCAGGUGUGAUGAAACACAUGAUCCAGCAAGAAUCCGUGGGUGGAGGCUGCCAGCUAGACGACUGCCAGCCAUCCGAUCGCAGGCCUCAGUCUGCUGAACAGGUGUCGGCAUGGAGCCAGGACAGCUAUGUGCACCUACAGAGCAAAGCCUACUCCCUGCCCCCGCAGAAGCCGAUGGAGAGUGCGACAGAUGGAGGUUACAGCAGGAAUGAAAGCUCCUACUGUUCCUCGAGGGAGAGGCUGGAUGCUGUACACGCCCACCAGGAGCCCUUAGAUGAGAGAGGCGAGGAAUAUCUCACCGGAAACUAUGAAAAGUCUUCGGGAAGCUACAGUAGCUGCAUCUCGCCUCAAAGGAGAGGGCAGGACAGUUCAUACCAGCAUCUGGAGAGCGUGACAGACCCUGCUGUCAGUAGGGGGCAGCAAAGCCCUGCACAGUGUCGGCAGUCAGAGUUUGUGAAUGAUAAGAAGCCUCAGUUUAAUGGCUGGGGGUAUGGGCACCAUCAAAAGUCUUCUGAUACCGCAAGUAGUGUGGAAGAGGAAUCUCCAAAGGAAGAGCAUAAUAUGGUGCCUGAGGCAUGGAAGAAGGAAGAUCGGUGCAGCGAAGACUCUACUGGUGGAGGAGACUGGAGGAACGAGUCCACUACCAACUCUUCACCGCCGCACACAGAGAACCUCGGACGGAGCCGCCGGACUGGUCCUAUAAAGAAACCAGUGCUGAAAGCUCUUAAGGUGGAGGAGAAGGAGCUGGAGAAAAGCAAACCUGAAACCAAGGAGACGGUAAAAACCAUGAAGGAGAAGCUGCUUUCGAAGCUAGACAGCGUGCCGAAAGUGGAACCUGCACUCGUAAGCUCCUCCGCCAGCUCUACCAUCGAGGAAAAGCCCCAUUUCCAACCCUAUGCCCAAGAACCUGAAAAAAUGUCCCAGGAGAAGGUUGAAAAAACUUGGGGUCCAAAGCCGCUGUCUGUUGCCCGCGAAACGUCCGUCGCCAUCCCCCAAACCAAAAAGAGCAACUGGAUAUUCAUCGAUGAGGAGCAGGCAUUUGGGGGCCGAACCCGCGGAAGAGGAAGAGGCUUCAAAGACUUCAAUUUACGAGGCCGGGGUUCUACUGGCCCUUAUAAUGGGCAGAGGGUCAACAGAGGUCGAGGCCUUCGAGAAUUUAUCCCUACCGAGGAUUUCCGAAAUAGGGUCACACGGCGGCGCGGUGUUAGUGAAACUCACAGCGAAGGGUCAGAGUACGAAGAGCUUCCUAAACGUAGACGUCAGCGGGGGUCAGAGAAUGGCAAUGAGCCCCUUGUGGAAAGAGAAGCUGAUGACAGCAGGAAAGGAGACUUCCAAGAUUCCUGGCGAUCUAAUAGAAAUUACUCAGAUGAUUCCAAUAGUAUGGACUCUAAAUCCCGGGCCCCAAGGGCUUUUGGGAGAUCGCUUCCUCCCAGACUUAGUAACGGCUAUAGCAGAAGGCCAUUCACCUCCAAGGAGUCUUCACACUGGAACGGUAAGAAUGGAGGGUCUACAUGGCAAGAUUAUAACGGAUCCUCAGAGUCUUAUGGAGCGCGGCAAAACACCGAAAGAGAGCACGGCAACGACUACAGCUAUUCCGACUCCCUCCAUCCUCGAAGAGCGAUUGACGAAACGCAAGGAGAUGACAGGCGGCCGUUUUUCCAAGACGAAUAUUCAGAUAGGGAGAGUUUGGACAAAAGAUCUUUCGUUAGAAGACGACCCCCACGUCAAGAUAAACCUCCGAGAUUCCGGCGUCUGAGACAGGAAAGGGAAUCCGCGGGGCACUGGAGCGGUGAAGAGAUGGGUAGCACUGUGAACAACCAUGAGCACUGGCAGGCCCGUCCAAAGAUGCCACUGAAUGACCGCCCCGGGCUGCCGGCCAGACGAUCUCCAGAACGGUCUUAUCACACUGCCGACCACGUGAACGAGGAUUGGGAAACUGCGUCAGAGAGCAGCGACUUCAGCGAGAAGAGGCCCGGAGAGGUCGACGGGGAUGGAAACCUGUCUGGGAACGGCUUCUCGGAGAAAAGAGAACUGUCCAAAAGAAGCUUCUCCAGCCAGAGGCCUCUUGUAGACCGACGCAAGAUGGAGUCUUCUGGAUAUGACGAGAAGCCGUCAAAGGUCGGAGUUAAUUCUCGUGACUACCAACAAGGCUCCUCUUCUGGGAAGACCAGUCGCUGCUCUGAAGAUUCCUACACACAAGAUGGCGGCCACCACCACCGCUAUGGUUUAGAAAGAUCGUCCCAUUGUGACAAUGGAGAUGUCCCAGGCAAGAAGUCUGAACGGGAUUCCAGGCCAGCAGGGCAUAAAACCGGCGAGAAAUCGGAAACAAUGACGGCUUUUGAUCUGAAAUAUGGCGACUCUGUCAUUGAUGAAGACGCUGAGGUGGGAGCGGAGUCCUAUUCUGACAUGACCAAUAAGCCCCGACGAGCUCUGGACAAAGACCGCAGGAAAAAGGAUCAGAUUGUUCAGGUGCCUACCAAGAACAGCUCCAUACAGUCAAGGAUCCCUCCUCGUUUUGCCAAAAAGCAGAAUGACAUGUGCCUGGAUCAGACUGAAGUUCCUGGUAAAGAGAUCUGGGAGAGCAACAGUCAAGGUAUCUCCGUUCAGUCAGGCAGUGAUAACUGGAAUAAGCCUGGCAGCAGUUUCAGUACAGAGUCUGCAUCCUCAGAGGGUUUUAAAGGCAGCCAGGGUGAUAGCGGCAUUGACCUCAGUGCCGAAUCUCGGGAAUCCUCUGCCACGUCCUCACAGCGAAGCUCUCCGUAUGGGACAAUGAAACCAGAGGAGUUGAAUGGCGCAGUCAUGGUGGAGUCAAAAUCUGACUGUCCUAAAGAGCAGGGCCAGAAACAGUCAGAAAAGAAGGAGUCAGACUCCAGUUCUGGAAUGAACAAAGAACACAAGCCCGGUCCUAUCGGCAAUGAGCGAUCACUAAAGAACCGGAAAGGAUCUGAAGGGACGGAGCGAUUGGAGAGCAGCGUGCCACCGGUCAAUGGUGUGGAGAUUCAUGUGGAUUCUGUUCUUCCUGUUCCUCCCAUUGAAUUUGGAGUAAGCGCAAAAGAUGCAGAUUACUCAUUACCCCCUGGUGCUGCUCCAGGACCUGCUGCUAACUCUGUUGCAAAACUUCAGGAUGCCCUAGUAAACAAGGCGGGUCUUACACAAUCCAUACCCAUGCUGAGAAGAGAUCACCACCUACAGCAAGGCAUAGGACUAAACCCCAUGUCAUACCCCACUGCCGACCUUACACUAAAGAUGGAGUCUGCCCGCAAGGCCUGGGAAAACUCGCCCAGUUUGCCAGAACAGAGUUCUCCAGCAGGCCCCGGCUCAGGAAUACAGCCGCCCUCCAGUGUGGGGACCUCUGCAGGGGUCAAUUACAGCUCAUUUGGUGGGGUGUCCAUGCCUCCCAUGCCCGUGGCCUCCGUGGCCCCUUCUCAUCCAGGUAACCACAUUCCCCCUCUGUACCUGGAGAGUCACAUGUUUGCAGGGCAGCCGCGCCUGGUCCAGCAGACCAUACCUCAGCAGCAGGGAUACCAGCAGGCUGCAGCUGCCCAGCAGAUCCCCAUGUCUCUCCACACAUCGCUCCAAGCGCAGGCUCAGCUGAGUAUGAGAGGAGGACUCCCUGUAUCCCAGUCACAAGAAAUGUACAGCUCCAUGCAACCCUUUAGGUCCCAGGUGUAUAUGCAUCCCAGCCUGUCACAGCCCAGCGCUAUGGUUCUGACCAGCGGCACAGGACUCAAGCCUCAGUACUCGCCCUUUCCUGGCAUGCAGCCUCUGGAGAUGGUGAAGACGCAGGCGGCUUCUCCUUAUCAGCCUCUGAGCGGGAGUCAGCAGCUGGUGUAUGAAAGUCAGCUGAACCAGGCCGCAGGUAUGGGAGCCUCCCAGAUGAUGGACUCCCCGCUCACACAGCUAACCAUGCCAAUGGCCGGCUCUCAGCUUGGGAUGCCCCGGUAUAGCUCUGGACAGCAGCCCAUGCUUCUGCCGCAGUCCAUUCAGAUCCCACAGGGACAGAACAUGCCGGUGGGCGCCCCCCGGAGGAUGCAGCCUUCACAUCUGACUGCAAGUAGAGAAUCCUCUCAGAUGGAGAUGAAGGGAUUCCAUUUCACAGAAGGCAAGCAGAGUAUGCAGACCACCGCCUCUGUGCAAGCACAGCACUCAUAUCGGCCAGCUUCAGCUAGUCCCAGUGGAAAGUCACCAGGACCGGGGCCAUCUGCCAACUUGGGACACUAUCCUCAACAGCAGGUAAAAGCGAGGACCGAUGAGAAGUGCGGCCUGGCGUCCCCCAAACUUCCCGACCAGCCCACUGCCAGUCAGAUGAAGCCAGUGCGGACAGGGGCCAUCAAGCCUUCGGUGGCGAAAUUGGAGGAGAGCGUGGCCUGAGAAGCGGUUCCCGUUUUUUGUUUUUCCUUUGUAAAUAACUAGUUCUUAUCGCCUCCCACGCACCUCCGUUUUCUCCUCCUGCUCCUUAUUUCGGAUUCUUCCUCGGUUGAGAGAGCCGCCUCUUCCUCCUCCUACGUUACCUCCACAGUCACACGGACAGGCGGACAUUGACCCCCUCUGAAAAACAAAAAAACUUUGGAAAACAAAAAAACAACUACCUGUAUCCGCAUCCUUAGAUUUACUUCUCACCGAACGGACUCCUCCAUUGACACAGGAGCGUCGCCUUUUACUUUCGCUGCCCACCCCCCAUACAUCAUGUGACCACACAGUCCGUGAUUUGUUGCCGUCUCAUGCCCCGGCCCCCCCGCUUCCACAUUGUAGCUGACUCAGCAGCGGAGAUUUGUAUCACUGUUUGUUUAAACUUGUUUUUAAAUGACCCUGUUAACCGAACUUUAUUUAAUGAUCAUUUCUUUUGUCCUAUACAUAUAUAUGAGAUGACUUUUUGUUUUUUAACCCCUUCCUUGUAUUCAGUGAUGGAUCUACCCCGGUUUGGGAGACAAUAUGUGUACGUUGCGGCAGAGUGUGAGUGAAUCUUGCCGAUAAUACGGAUUUUACACCGGUUUUGCCCUCAUCGUUUUUAGGCGUCAUUAGUAAUGGCGCUUGGAUGGGAAUUAACGUAUUCUUUCCAUGUUGUUUGAAGCUGUUGAAAAACUACAAUUACCAGCAUGCCCUGACAGCUUGCAGCCUCAAGAGCAGUGCUUCCCAACCAAAGUGC